UCACAAUUGCUUUAUACUUUCAUCGGUUAAACGCCAAUCACUUAACUAUGAAAAUACUCGGGCUAUUUGUACUUUUUGCAUAUUCUGUUGUGGCGAGAGUUAUUGACGAGACAUGUGAUGAAGUCAUCGUUCACAAUAUACACCACAAUAAAGAAAUAAUAAAAGAAGGCAUAAACAGUGCAUAUCAAUUAGCUAUCGACUAUGACAGAAAUAUGUUAUUUUUCAGUUAUUCCAAAGAUGACGCUGGAUCAAUGUUUAGUUCGGCAUAUAUUAACCUCAAAACUAAUGAAUACAAAGAGAUUGAGGGUAUUAAUGGCGGAUUUGCUAAUGCAGUUGAUGGCCAGACAAAAACAGUUUACUUAGGUGGAAAUGAUGGUAUAUAUAAAUUUGAUUACGAAACCGGUAAAGCAACACAUAUCGAUGGUGUAAAUGAUAACACUUGGCAAAUAUUUAUAAAAAAGGAUAUUUAUUAUACAACUUAUCCAGAUGAGUAUGUGUAUGUCUAUAAAAAUGGUCAGUCACAAAGAGUGCCUGAAAUGCUUGAAACAAAAGCCAUGUUGGUCGCUUUAGAUAACAAUGACAAUAUAUACUUUUCGAAUUCAUCUGGUCUCUUUGUACAUAAAAAGGUUAAAAAUUAUGUAGUUUUCCUGGGCGAGUACAAUCUAAACAGCAUAACAAAUGACAUAAAUGGUAAUUUAUUCUUCUCCACUCCAAAAGGUGUAUAUUUUAUCGACGACGAAAGUAAACAAGUCAAGAAACUAGUUUCAAUUGACAAUAUUUAUGGUGUCGUGGUUGAAAAAGACGGAAAUAUAAUUUACGCUUCACAAGAUAGCAUUGUCAGACUAAAACCAUCCAAAACAAAUUGCGUUGUUAAUGAAAAACGUAGCGUUGAUGUGAUUUAAGAAUUAUUGUAAACCUAUAAUUACGUGAUAAUUUUCUUUGAACUUUUAAAACUAUGUGUUAUGAGAUAGAGGCUGAUUUAUUCUCUUGUUUUUAUUGAAAUUAUUCAAUUAAUAAAGUAGUAUUUAUUAAUUACCAUUUAAAAAUAGA